CGCGCAAGCGCGCCCCCGCCCCGCCGCCGGAAGAGCCAGGCAGCCAGCUCCGCGCCGGGCGCUGCGACGGCCGCGGGGAGAGCGCCGGCCGCGGGAUGCGGCCCCUCGGCAGCAUCGGGGUCGCCGAGCUGCGGGAGCCCGGGCUGCCGCUGACAGAGGACACAACCCCGUCCGCCAGUGAGGACGCCCAGGCCGUGAGGGAAGAGCCGGCGGAGGCAGUGGAGACGCCGGGCCCCAGCUGGUGCUGGCUGUGCCGCUCCUCGCCGUGCGGUUCGCGCGCGCAGCCCGAAGCCAAGAAGAAAGCACCCUGUAUUGGACUUGGCUUGUUUUACACAUUAUUGUCUGCCUUCCUUUUCUCAGUGGGCUCUUUAUUUGUUAAAAAAGUGCAAGACCUCCAUGCUGUAGAAGUUAGUGCAUUCCGAUGUGUGUUCCAAAUGUUAGUCGUUAUCCCUUGCUUAAUAUACAGAAAAACUGGGUUUAUAGGCCCAAAAGAUCUACGAAUCUUCCUCACUCUCAGAGGACUUCUCGGCUCUACCGCCAUGAUCCUUUUAUACUACGCUUUCCAAGCAACGUCCCUUGCCGAUGCAACGGUGAUCUCCUUUAGCUGUCCAGUGUUUACGUCUCUAUUUGCUUGCAUAUUUCUCAAGGAAAAAUACAGCCUUUGGGAUAUUCUCUUCACCGCAUUUGCCUUCACCGGAGUGAUCCUCAUCGUGAGGCCGCCGUUUCUGUUUGGUUCCAACGCUGCAAAGGUGACUGGGAGCUACUCGGAUCACCUGAAGGGCACGUUCGCAUCCCUGGGACAUGCCGUGUGUGCUGCCUUCACUCUCGUUAUCCUCAGAAAAAUGGGGAAAUCUGUGGACUACUUUUUGACCAUCUGGUAUUAUAUAGUGAUUGGCCUCGUGGAGUGCAUCAUCCUCCUCUUCAUAUUAGGAGAGUGGAGGCUGCCGAACUGUGGGAUAGACCGGCUCUUUCUCCUGCUUAUCGGGCUGUUUGGUUUGGGGGGUCAGGUGUUUCUCACCAAAGCCCUCCAAAUAGAAAAAGCAGGGCUGGUGGCACUAAUGAAGACCAUGGAUGUGGUUUUUGCUUUUAUCUUUCAGAUUAUUUUCCUGAAUGAUAUACCAACGUGGUGGACGGUGGGUGGCGCGCUCUGCGUAAUAGCCAGUAGUGUUGGAGCGGCCAUUCGUAAAUGGUGCCAGGGUUCCAAAUGAAGGAAGCAUCAUUGAGGAAAUGUGUAUUUUUUUUACAAAUCCACCGCCACCGAGUACAAACACACCACAUAUGCACAUACUUGGAAAAUCGGUAUUUACUUAAUUGAUUAUAUUUAAUAAAUUUAAUAGUUUAAGUAUAAUUUUUGAAUAUGGCAUGUCUUUUUUCAUCAUUAUAAAGGAUAUCUUUAUUGAUUUUUUAAAAUUUUUUAGAGAAAGACAGGAAUGGGGGAGAGAGAAACAUUGAUUGGUUGCCUCUUGUAUGCACCAUCAGUGGGGAUGGAACCUUAAAGUGUAUUUUUUCAUAAUGAUGGGAUUUAGGUUAGGAGGAAAUUUUAGAUGCUCUCUUAGCAGUGUAAAGGCUAAGAAACUUACCCAUAAUAAUGUUGCUAUGAUUAGUAUGUUGAAAAUUCAUUUGAAACAUAAUUCCAUUUAGGAGGCCAAAGCUAAAAUUUGUAAUAGGUGCCUACUUAAUGGUGUUAAUAUACAAAUAAAUUAGCCUUAUUUUCAAGGCUUUUGUAAAUGAUUAUUAUUCUUUUAACCCAUAUUUGUGCCUUUUCAUUUUAAUGCCAGACUUCUUAAUAUAUAAAAACUUUUUGAAAAGUUUUUAAAUCACCAAAUUUGACUAACAGUUUCUCUUUCAGUGGCAUUAAUAACUGUAACUGUCAUUCUAUAAUUUUAAUUGUCUUCUGAUUUUGGGGUGCUUUUUUUAAAACCACACUAAGUUGUUUAUUUUUUAUCACAAGAAAGAAAUCUUGACAUGGCCAAUGUGCACAUUUCUAUCCUAAAAUGUUUCCUCCUCAUUAGAAAUGUGGUUUUUCUAUAAAUUCCCUUUGAAUUUAUAGUGUGAUGCCAAAUAAAAUUUUUUCAGGAAUUUAUUAGAUUGAACCAUUUGAAAUGACAGAAACUUACAUUUUAACUUAUGGUUAAUCCUAAUAGAUAACUCUCUUACCCUCUAAGCCAAAUACUUAGAGGACUUCAGAAUAUAUAUUUUUAAAACAACUUUCUAAGUUCAGUAAUCAUAUUAAAACUUAUUUUUAUAGUCUUUUUGCCUUAUGGGAUUAUUUGUAAUAUGCUUCAUAUUAUAUGUUAAAUGUUAAGACCUGUGAAUUCCAUGGUUGGUUGACUUUUGUAGUUUCUUGAAUAGAAAAAAUAAUCACUGUUAAAUUCUAGUACAUAAGUAUGAUAUUAAAUGUAAAUGCUGCAUCAUGAUAUUAGUGUCAUGAAAUAAAAUAACAAAUCAUAUCUGGAACUUCAGCAAGCCAAUACUAUGCUGAUAAACAGAGAAUUGAAUAUUAAGAAAGCUUGGAAUUAAUUAGAAAGUGGGAAAUACAUGCAAAUGAUUUUUUUGUAACAAUGAACCCUUUAUUGCUGAAGCUAUAAUGGGCUCCAGCUCUUUGUCAGAUGUAGCAUCUAUUAUUUUAAGCCUGCAGAUUUGAAAGAUUAUAGGUUCUUUCCCACCCUUUGGUCACAGUUCUUCCAAAGUAAGAAGGAACUUGGCUUCUGAGGUUUAGGCCUUAGUAAGAAAAGAACUUCUCCAAUAGUUCCAAGAGGGAAUUUUUGGAUUACUGAUCAUUCCAAAUGCUCCCUACCUGACAAAUCCUAAAUGAAGUCUAUUUAGGGAAGUCACACUAUCAUAACUUUGUCCUAACUCACAAUACAGGAGUCUAGACUUGCAAAAGCAUCAUUUUGCAAAUAUCUUAGAUAAUAUAGAAUCAGCAUUUUAGAGCUCAAUGCUUAGAAAUCCUCUUGUAGGAGCCACACUACAUAGAUAGGAAUGCUAGGGAGGGGACCUGCCUAAGGUGGGUUUCCAUGGCCUUAUUCCCUUAGUUCCAUGGCCUUACCCCCUUAGUUCCAUGAUAAAGUAUGGAAAGUAAACCACUGCUUGACCUACCUAGGGUAAAUUAACGCUCAGGGAACCCUCUCCUGGUUCUUGACCUUGCACAAAUAAAAGAACCUAUGGGGCCUUGAAAGUUACAUCCCUUUGAUCCUGGAAACUAUAGACAUUUUACAAUAUUUCAACAAUGUAGUUUAAGUACUUGAAUGUCACAUAUAUGACCAAAGUUGGGGAAAAUGUUUCUUCUCCCAAUUUUUAUAGGGUGUGAUUCUUAAAUAUUUUUCUAAUGUCCAAGGUGUAUACAAGGAUAUGUAUUAUAACAAUUAUGGAUGUGUAUAUUUUGUAAAGAUUGUAGUUUCUCUAUCUUGAAUAGGGAAAUCGUUUCACAAAUUGUUUUUAUUUUAUAAGAACUAAUAAAGUGG